AUGGGGCGCAAACACGAUGAGAAAAAGCAGGCGAGGCAACUGAAGGAGCUGCAGGAGAAGAUGGCGGAGAUGCAGGAGAAGAUGGCGGAGAUGCAGAGGGCGGAAAUGGAGCGUGUGCGCAAGGCGGAGGUUGCGGAUGAGGUUGCGCGAGUGCGCGCAGAGGAAGAGAAGGUGCGCGCAGAUCGAGAGAAAGAGGAGAGGCGGCAAAUGCGUGCGGAGAAGAAGGCUGCGGACGCAGCGUAUCAGGCUGAUCUGGCGGCUGUUCUAGCGAACGGGGAAAAGCUACUUGCUGCCAAUCAAGAGAAGUGGAGGCAGCAAGAGCUCGUGCUAGAGGAGGAGAGGCGUGCGAUGGAACGUGAGAUAGAGGAGCGGGCUCGCCGGCGAAAGCAGCUCCUGAAGGAGAACGAGGAGAGGAGGGUGGCGGGUGAGGAGGAAGCCAUCUUGUCACGGAAGGUCGGCGAGAAGAUGGCUGCCCUCAAUGGUGCUGCCAAUUUUCUUGGUAAGUGGUACAUCGUUUGGUAUUUUACAUGGCUAAUCAACUUAGGGUUUCUGUAUGAUACCUAUCAGCCCCGCGCCUUGCCAGACACCUCCACCGCCGACAAGGCUGCAGCAGAGAGGCUGAGACUGGAGCAGCUCAACUCCCAUGGGCACUCCGGUGGCUUCGCCUCACGUGGUAGUCGUCGUGGUGGUCGUGGUGGUCUUGAUGGUCGUGGUGGUCUUAGUCGUCGUGGUGGUUGUGUUGAACCUCCUGCUCGGCCGGACAAUUCGUCUCAGUAUGCCCGGGACUUUGUGAGCGAAGCCAAGACGGAUGACGUGCCUGCCGCCGAGAAGGCAGCAGAAGGUCGUAAGAAGGCAAAAGUAUGGCACACUGCAUCUGAAGCAGCUGCUGAAGCCUCUUCGCCAACACCUGCCCCCGCUGCUCCCGCCGCUUCUCAGGCCGCACCCACGCCUGCCGCCACUUCCGGUACCCUCGAUGGCAUCAAGCUCAGCGAGGCAGACCAGCGGGCGGCGUUGGAAGACGACUGA